AGCAGCUGAUUGCCUCUGUGUGACCGCUGAGGGUGAGGAAGAUGGAAGCUCUUCCGAAAAGUCAAUCCCAGCCGAAAGUCACGUUCCACAAUGUGGCGUCCUUGUAUAUCCCCGGAACCAGCGUGGAGUGUCACUAUUCCCUGGCUCCCCACGCCAGGUGGACAUCGAAAGACUGGAUCGGGAUUUUCAAGGUACGCUGGUCAUCCGUCCGUGAUUAUCACACCUUCCUGUGGUCACCUUCGCCCGAUGGCUACGCAGAGGGUUCACCCACUAACUGCUCCGUCCGCUUCCAAGCCUCCUACCUGCCCCGCAGCGGGCCCACCCUUUACCAGUUCUGUUACGUGGAGUUUAAAGGAGAAGUGGCCGGUGUGAGCACACCCUUCACCUUCAGCGACCCCAAACCUGAGGAGGACUUCAUCACCCUCGAGGACUUUGAGAACAACUCAGACAUGCUGGUGGUGAUGACCAAGACCUCUCUACUCGAGAGGCAGCUGGAGGAGUCGGACAGGACGAAGGAGAGUUUGGUGGCCAGACAGAGGCACCUGGAGGGUGAGAUGCAGCAACUCCAGGGGAAGAUUGAGGAGCUCGAACAAGCCCUUGAGAUCGCCAUCGCAGAACAGACCCGUCUCAACCAGGAAACCCACAGCCUGGAGGAGGAAAAGCAGAGAGUGACCACACAACACAUCUCCCUGGAGCAGGAGCACGCACAGGCCAUCGACAGGAUUCAGGAACUAGAGGAGGACAUCCAGGCACUCAGUGGCACCGUGUUGGAGAAAGAAAGUGAACUGGAGAGGAUGAAGGAACGGAUUAAAAAGCUGCUGUUACAGAGGGAGCAACAGAGCACACGGUUAGAGGAAGAGGCAGAGGAGAAAGGAUUCUAUCAGAGUCACUCGGAGGCCUCUCAGUUGGAGGUCCAGCGGUUACAGGGGGAGCAGCAGGUGUUGAGGAAUGCGUUGGCGGACACAGACUCGCUGGUGACAGAGCUGAGAGACGAGGUUGAGGAUUUGCAGCAGAAAGCCUCCGCAGCUCACGAGCUGAAGGGUCAGGUGGAUAUUCUCCGUGAGCAGCUGCGAUGUACCCAUGACCAGCUGGCGGCCAGUCAGCAGAAGGUGGUGCUGAUGGGCGAGGAGAUGGGCAGCGCCUCCUCCACCCGGGACAGGACCAUGUCCGAGCUCCACCGCAGCCGGCUAGAUGUGGCCGACCUCAACAUCCGUCUGGCCGAGGUGACCGUCAAGUGGAAGGAAUCGAAGGGCCAGUGGCUGAAGGAGAAAGCCAUCUUCCUGCAGAGUUCCGAGGCUGAGAAGGAGCGGGUGCUGAAGCUGAGCGUGGAGCUGGUCAAGGUGAAGAGCAGCCUCCAAGAGCAGGAGUCUGAGGCUGAGAAUCUGCGUCUGGAGCUGAUCAGAGAGAGAGACUGCAGCAGGGUCCAGCUGUCGGAGCUGCUGCGGGAACGGAAGGAGAUGAAGUCGGGAUUCCGGGUUGUGGAGAAAGAGAAGGAAAAACUGCAGGAGGAGAAACAGGAGUUGCUGGAGUAUGUGAAGGUGCUGGAGGCGAGGCUGGAGCAGAUCCCAGGCCCCAAUGACAGCGACACGACCUACAAAGAGGCUUCAGCCAUCACAGAGGUCGCAGACGGCGCUGAGGAUGUGGAAUGUGCCCCCAUCACCCCAAGCGAGGGGAGAGGUCGACCCAAGCUGAGCAGCUACAGCCUGUGUGACAACACCAAUAGCCAGGACUCCCUGACCUUCAGCACUCCCCCACUGUCACCCCAGGAACUCAACAGCCAAGUGGUCAUCAGCCAACCCAUGGCCAUCUCACCCCAACACAACCCAGCCCCACACGACAGCUCCUCCGAGUCUGUGAGUACCGUACCUCUCACCACCCCAUCCUCUCCUCUCCCUACAGUAGAGGAAGCUUUACUCUGUCUCCAAUUCUCGCUAUCACUGACCGGGGAGUGUGGACACACAGUGUGGAGGGAGCUUUAUUGUGUCACCUCUCUUUGUCUUGUCCAAUUGUUUCAUUCCACUGACCCCCAAAGUGCAAUCCUACCAGGAAUAUGUUGGAACAAACUCUUGAUAAUAUUAACACGUCUCACUGUCCUGUGCAUCAGGCUCCUCACUCCUUUUGUGCAGAUGAUUCCGAAUGGUUCUGAACUCUCCCUCUCCCUCCUUGCCUUUUCCCCGCAGGAAGAUGAGGAAGCGGGCGGAGUGUAUUCGGAAGCGACCCCAUCGCAGUCGGACGGACUGAACGCUCUGCUCACCGAACUCGGACACACGUUACAUUUCGAAGUCAGCAGCUGCCGUGGGCUGCCUCCCAGAUCCCAGCAUGAAGCGUUGGACAGGGAUCAAGCGGAGGAAUCGACGGCCGCCAGCCUGUGGAAAGAGUGUCCGAUCUGUAAGCAGCAUUUUCCCUCCGAGUACAAAAACCAGGCCUUGGAAGACCACAUCGACAGCCAUUUUUUCUUCAGCACCAGCGACCCCUUCACUUUCGAGUGACCUCUCGUGUCUCUCCUCCUCCCGUGAUCUCUUCCCUCCUCGCUUUUUUUGUUUUUUGAAGACUUGUGAUUGAUAUAAGAUGGCGAGGAGCUAACAGAGCGAGUCACGUGCUUUACAACCUGAUGAGUGAACUUUGCUGACAACCUUGUUCAGUGUAUUUUUUUUUGUUCCUUCAUGGAGUCCCGUAGCGUAAUGGUU